GGUGGUGGAAUGGGGGGUUACGCAGCCAGGCAGCAUCUGGGAGCCGGGCAGGAGCAGUUCAGGUGUUCUCCGAAGCUCUCGGGUAUGGUGUAACCUUUAGAUGUUUUUGUCUCACAAGAUGGACAUGAUAGAGGACGCGGAUACUUUGGAGAAGUGAGAGGACAUCACUAUGAAGUAUGAGAAGGGACACUGAGCUGCACUGCCAGAGGACAUGGGGCCUGCGCCUGUUGGAAUCUACGGCAACAUUGAUCGCUUUGGGAUUCUGCAUGAGAAGAGGCUGCCCCCUGUCAGCUCCCAGGAGGCAGAGCAAAUGCAGCAGGAGAUGAGAUGCAAGAGCAAGUGGAUGGCAAUGCUGGGAAAAUGGGAGACAUAUCAGAACAGCAAAAAGCUGAUGAAGCGAGUGUAUAAGGGCAUUCCCAUGAACGUCCGGGCCGAGGUGUGGUCAGUCCUCCUGAACAUUCAGGAAAUCAAGGCGAAAAACCCCAGACAAUACCGGGUCAUGAAGGAGAAGGGCAAGAGGUCAUCUGAGCACAUCCACCAGAUCGACCUGGCUGUGAGCCAGACACUAAGGAACCACAUGUUCUUCAGGGAUCGAUAUGGAACCAAGCAGCAGGAACUAUUCUACAUCCUCCUGGCAUAUUCGGAGUAUAACCUGGAGGUGGGCUACUGCAGGGACCUGAGCCACAUCGCUGCCUUGUUCCUCCUUUAUCUGCCUGAGGAGGACACAUUCUGGGCACUGGUGCAGCUGCUGGCCAGUGAGAGGCACUCCUGCAGGGUAGAAUUCCACAGCCCAAAUGGCAGGACAGUCCAGCAGCUCCAAGACCAUCAGCAGCAUGUGGUACCCACAUCACAACCCAAGACCAUGGGGCAUCUGGACAAGGAAGGUCUAUGCACACAGGGUUCCUCAUUCAGCUGGCUUCUCCGGGUGCUGAAUGAUGGGAUCUCUCUCGGGCUCACCCCGUGCCUGUGGGACAUGUAUUUGCUGGAAGGGGAACAGAUGUUGAUGCUGAUAACAAGCAUUGCCUUUAAAGUUCAAAGGAGUAAGUCCACGUGUGCCCAGUGGGGCCUGGGGAGCACUGGGGUCAGACCCCGACUAGCCCAAGGGCAGCUUCCUCACACUGUCCUCAUGAUCCUCUGUUCUGGCCAAGGGGGAGGUCUGGCCAGGUGGGCUGGGCAGGGCACAGUGACACCGAGCCCAUCCCUCACAUGACCCAGAUGAAAGUCAGGAGUGUGGUGAGCACUUCCCUGCCCAGGCCCCCCCCCCCCCACCAGCCACA